UCUCGUGACAUGCUAACCAACCGGAAUAAUCACGAUCGCUAGCACCUGACAUCCACAGUGACGCGCAACGCACUUCUUGUUUCUAAUUUGUAAGAUAGACCUAGUCUAGCCUGCACGUCGGAAUUAGAAUUCUGACAAGUAAACCCAGCCCCAGAGUUUAUUAUAUUCUGUCCGCGAGCAUCUCACAUUGGCUCCAUGUUUACGCCACUCGAACAUCACCUUUUAUCAAGGAUGACUAUAUCAGCCAUUUUCUGACCUCAAAAGAAAAGAAGACCAUCAUUCAUCAGUUCCAGGAAGAUUCUUGGCGCCCAAAUCGUCAGGUGCUAUGGACCGGAAUACCAAGGGACCAUGCUCAAAGAUGGGCCGAAAAGCAUGGUAUGCAAACAUUGACCACUGCAUUGGGGCUCCUUAUGGCUAAGGAAAAUGGGCGCUUUCCUUUUGCUAGAAAGAGCAAGAAGGAAUGGUCCCUAUAUAUUAAAGGUGCUUCUGCACUUUUUGCAUGGCAUAUAUGUGGAGGUAAAGAAGUCACUGUAUUGACUCCUCCACCACCAUUUAGGUUCAAUCCGUCCGGGUUCACCAAUUACCAAGUGAUUGAAGAACCCAUCCUCAAAGGUGGUAUUGACGGCAAACAUAUCUCAAUUAUCAUGUUGGUCCAUCCAGAUGUGAAAGGGGCAGAGGACUUCAAAUACCAGAUAUGGCCAGUGGACAAGACUUCUUCCUGGAUUGCUAAGUUUGGAUCUACAUAUCCCGGUACCAGAUGUUGGAGAGAAGGAAAGAAGGCGCCAUUAGUUCAUGGGGCUAAUGGUCAGAAUCUUCUGUAAGUGUUUGAGAUGAAGUUGAUAAGAGCGAUGCUGAUAGUUUGAACUUCAGUCUACCGUCCCCUGUGU